UCUUAUUUCCCUUGUCCGCACGAGCAUUCCACUCUUUGCAGCUCCGUCCCAUCGUUAGCAACAGCAUUCCAGCAAAGCAUGGGUGUCGAACCUCCAUUCAUUUACGACCGACCCUCGACAUACACCUUUGGGAGCCCAACUGAUCGUGCUUUCAAUCCCAAGGCUGCAACCCAUGCUUCUUGGACUCCCAAACCUCCGAAACCCAAGCAAGAUGGACCACUCGUUGAUUUCAACAAGCAUCCUGAUUCCUACAUAGUCGUUCCUUACGGCAACCUCAACGCCAAACCGAUGCCUCCCAAUACUCGCAAAAAGAUUGUCCGGGUCCGAUAUUUCCAACUCUUCUUGAGAGUUUGUGCCUUGGUCGGAGCUCUGGGCAGCCUCUUCUGCGUCAUUGCCAUCAACAAAACCUCCGCGACGGUGGGUUGGAUCAUUCGCUGUGCUCCGGCGGUUGCUAUUCUUCACACCCUCUAUGCGGUCUUCCACCUUGCCCGGGCACCUACAAGCCGCACUCCUGCUUCCACAGCAAGCUACAUGAUCUUUGCGGCCAUGUUGGACACGGGCUUGAUUCCAUUCUGGGUCUUCUGCGCAUGGGUGGCACAUGCAGACUACACAAAAAACGAAUAUGGGUGGAGCACGUUGUUCAGUGAUUCGGAUCUGUCAUACAAGAUCAUCAACGCUUUCUUCUUGCUCUCGUGUGUCGAGGGCGGUCUGAUGCUGGUGUCUCUCCUCCUGGACAUCUACUUGGGCGUGAAGUUCCGACAGAUCUCCAGGCUGCCGCCAGACAUGAAUCCUCUGGAAGAGAACCUCACAUCCAGGCACAAACGGAACAAAUCGGAAAUCACAGAGAGGAACAUGAGAUCGUCAGCGCUGGCCGCCAAGAGGGAGUCGCAGGUUUCAGGCUUCAAGAGAGUCCCUUUUAUCCACACCCGGACCGAUUCCGCUGACAGCGUCACCCUUUAUGGGGGGGACAGCGCUCGCAACUCCAGGGUAGAGUUCCGCAAAGAAUUGGACGAAAACGAAAAGGACCCUUGGCGAUGGUCACGAAAUUCAUCUCCCGAACGACCCGGAUCAGCAGUCAAUCCCUCUCCAAAUUCUCGAUCGGCUGGCAGUGGACUUGAUUUCCGCCCUGAACGCUCAUCCAUAUUGAAGGAGAAACCAUCUCGUCCAUCUUCGUGGCUGUCGUAUCUCGACUACGAAGGCGUACCCAGCCCGAUGAGCGAGGAGGCUUCUGCAGAACUGGACCAGGAAGUCCGACCUAUAUCCCCUGUGUCUGCCAUUUCCGCUGUGGACAUUACUUCCAACAAGAUUCACCGUGAACGGGAGAACUGGUACCACGGCUCUCCAGCACGCAACAGCCAGGUUCAUUUGCCAAUAUCUGCAAACAAUAGCCAGACUCACAUCCCCUCGCACAACGCGAGCAAGUCCAAUUUGCAUCAAUCGCUUCCUUUGCCAUCUCCCGACUCUCCGGCGAAGAAAAGAAGCCGUGAGCCUCUAGGCAUGAAUCCUCCUACACCUAAGCGCUCAUCUUUCAAUGAUGAAAAUGCAUUUGUCACACCGGUCAGGGAUUCCCGCAUUCAGAUUGACGGUACCCGAGCCGCCCUCCAAAACGCAGACGGCAACGCCCAGUCACCUCUCAGAGGCACCCCCACCAACAGCAGACCGUCCAGCUUCGUCGGUAGCGGUGGCAAGUCACGCUUCUACGGCAAUCUGCGACAGUCUGUUGGCACUGUAUCCCCAUCUCGCGAUGAUGGUGACGAAAAGGUAGACAUUCGAGCCAGCAUCACGGAGGUUCAGGACAUGUACGAACGAACUCGGACGAUGCAGACAGAAAGCGACUAUUCUGCCAACUUCGAGGUCUACUCCACGUCUGACGAUGAAGACAUCGGAAGAUUGAGCGCCAACAUCACUAAGGUGCAGACUGCUUCUCCCUCACAAUGGAACGGAGCCAGACAAACCUCGAACUCGACUGGGUACGACAUGAACAGUGGGUAUGCAGGUCUCGGAGCAGAGUUUGGUAAGGGCAUGGGCAGGCGAAGAGACGUCAGCGGCAAAGUAGCUGAAGAGGGCCGAGCGAGUCCGACGAGGAACGGGGCAGCGGGAUGGGAGCGGUUCAAGGGGUUGUGAGUGGCACUUUCAGGAACGAAUCGGAAUGAUCAACAAGAUCAACAAGAUCAACUGCGACGGGAUGUAAAAGCGACCAACUGACUGACUGAAUGACAUGGAUUGGGAUGGAGUUUGCUUUGGAUAGAUACGGGAAUCAAGCAAUAAGGGCAUAGGGGCAUCCGGGCUAUUUGGGCCAUCAGCAACAAGCCGCCCUUACGAUUGUGGGAGCAAUGAAUGGCUGCUGCUUGAUGUCCUUUGGGAUGACGGGACCUCGGUUGGACACUUGUUGGACUGGGUGGGCUGGACGGACAUACUCUCUAGAUAGAUCCCCUCGGAUUAAAAUUGCACGAGGAUACUAAUCACUUUGGACGCAUCUUUCCUUCCUCUUCAUCAUACCGAGGACGACGGAC